AUGGGGAGCUGCUGUGCUUUGAAAUGCCAGAACAGAGCUUCCAGGGGAAUUCGGUUGUUCAAGCUGCCGAAAUCCCCGAGGAGGCGAAAACUGUGGCUUUCGAGAAUCGGGCGUGGCGCGGGGUGGAAACCUCCCGACAGGACAUACCUUUGCGAGGACCACUUCGAGCCCUCCCAGUUCCAGGCGAGGUGCUCCGACGGCUGGAGGAGGCUAAAAGCCACAGCUGUUCCGACCUUGUUUCUGCAUUCUAAAAGUCAACAACCAGCGGCCAGGACCCCUGGAGCAGCCCUGCAGGGCGGCCUGCUGACGCAG